UACGCAAGGCAGACGGAUUCAGUCGGUAAAAAAAUCAGGGAGGGUAAUAAAAAAAUCGAUUCGUGCAGCAUGUUGUUUUGUUAUUUUUUUGCCUUUGACACAUUGCUUUCAUUAUAACUGAAAUCAUUGGCACUGGCCCAUCUCAACCAUAUCGAAUUUACUCACACAUAUCCUUUCCGGUUACGCCUUCAGUGUCCAUUCAACUAGCCAAAUAUCAAGACGGAGUGAAAGAUGGCUGGAUACUCUGAGAAAGAUAUUGAUACGGAAGAAGAAUGGAUUCCACCAACCGAAGCUGAAUUGAAAGUUAUUCAGGCCAGGCGAGAUAGAUCAGAUCGUAUUUCGAAAAUCAUGGGAAGUUAUCUACUCAAAGGGUACAAAAUGUUGGCUUCUGAAUGCCCAACGUGUGGUACUAUCGAGCUCCAAGACAAAAAGAAUAAAAUCUACUGUAUUGCCUGCGAGGAGAUUGAUACUGACAUUCAAAAGGACAACCCAGCCUUGAGUGAGAAAGCAGCUUCCAGUCAGAGGGCUGAGUAUCAGUUCAUGACAGAGAGGAAUCAAUCUGAUAGAAGGAUUGAACCAUCUGCCAUAACAGCUUUGCAGACUCCUGUCACUACCACUAUGCAACCAUCCAUAUUGAAAAAUGAUGUGUCCAGCAAGACUCAAUAUAAAUCAACAGUCAGUAUCCUGACAAGCACAAUGAAUGUGGAGGAAGAAUGUCUCAAAUGUCUUGAAGUAGUUCACAAGAAAAUUACUUGGGCUAGAUUUGCUGUAGAAAAUGAACAUGAUCCUAAUUUGGUUAGUUCAUAUCUGAAAGUCAUAACAAAUGGUGUAGAAGCCCUAAAUGUUUUGAGAAAGUUUUCCCCCUAGUUGUCUUUCCGAUUUUCCCGUUAUUGCAAUACACCGCAAAGCACAUUG